AUGUCUAUCAACCCUUCCCUCUCUCUCGCCGAAUACCUGGAGCGGCUGCCUGGCACAACCUUCAAGAAACUGUACCAGCAGCCCUCCACGACGUUCGCCAUCUUCCGGCGCAUGCUGCCGCAUCUCGCAAAGACUUUCGUCAUGAGAAUGCUCUUUCUUCCCCAUCCCAUGACGCUCGCCGACCUGGACGCAUGGGUGAAGCCGGAAGCCAAGCGGAAGAAAGACCAGUCCCUCUCCAUCCUGCGAAGCCUCCACAUUGUCCAGAUAUCCGCUCCGUCGAAAGAGAAGCCACAGGAGAUCCAGCUCAUGUCCAACUUCAAGAGAUCGCUGCGGCUGGCCCUCACCGGAGGCGGUAACCACAACUCGUUUGGCGUGCCCUCUUCGCUCAUGGUCCCGCCCGAGAUUGACCUGCCGUUCCUCGAUCGAUAUGCGCGCAAGAAGUGGGAGGACGUGUUGCACUUUGUCGUGUCCAGCGUUGGCUACAAGAGCAGCUUGGGCGAAGGCUCAGGGCCGAACAAGGGCGUCAAGGAGCUCCUCAUCGCAGGCCAGCUGGUCGACAGGCGACCAAACGGAAGCUUGGGCAUCACACAAGCCGGCUUCACCUUUCUGUUGCAGGAGGCAAACGCACAAGUCUGGACGCUGCUCCUGCUGUGGCUGGAAGUCCUAGGCAAUAACAAGUCCUCUGGGCUGGAUCCCGUCGACAUGCUCUCGUUCCUCUUCAUGCUGGCGAGCCUGGAGCUGGGGCGGGCGUACGACACGAAUGCGCUGACGGAAGAGCGGAGGAAUAUGCUUCCUUCCCUCGUCGAUUUCGGCCUCAUCUACAUCCCCCAGCACAAGCGCUCCAUGUUCUUCCCGACCCGACUGGCGACGACCCUGACGAGCGGAGGAAACAGCUUGCGGACCAUUAGCGAGGGUUCGCUCGGCCUUUUGGGCGGCGGCGGCACCGGCGAGCAGGCCGGAAGCGUCGUCAUCGAGACCAACUACCGCCUCUACGCAUACACCCAGUCGGCCCUCCAAAUCGCCGUGCUCGCCCUCUUCGCCAAGCUCAACAUGCGCUUCCCCGACAUGGUCGCCGGCCGCCUGUCCCGCGCCUCGAUCCGCCAGGCCAUCAACUUCGGCAUCACCGCCGACCAGAUCAUCUCGUAUCUCUCCGCCCACGCCCACGAGCAGAUGCACCGCACCGCCGCGCUCACCAACAAGCCGGUCCUGCCCCCGACCGUCGUCGACCAGAUCCGCCUGUGGCAGCUCGAGAACGAGCGGAUGAAGACGACGAGCGGCUUCUUGUUUCGGGACUUUACCGACGACAAGGACUACCUCGACACGGCGCGCUUUUCCGAGGAGAUUGGCGUGCUGGUUUGGAGAAACGACAACACGCGCAUGUUUUUCGCGAACAAGCAUGAGCAGAUUAAGGAUUUCUUGAAAUCCAGGAAGAAGGCUGAGUGA